AUGGCUGCCAUGGCUAGUUACGAAGAGAUGGAGGCCAAGCGCCAGGAGAUGAUGGCUUCUUUCAAGGACAUCGCCAAUGCCAUGACUCGCUGCGUUGCUAUCAUCGAGGAGUACGCGCGCCUGUCCCCCUCUGCCCUCACCACCUCUGCUGCUCUCGCUGCCGUUGAGGGAGGUGCCAUGGGUGCUGCCGAGGUUCUUGCUGCCGCCGCUAUGGCCAACAAGAAGUCUCGCAAGCAGAAGGAGAAGAAGCCCAAGGACCCCAACGCCCCCAAGCGCCCUCCUUCUGCCUACCUCCUCUUCCAGAACGACAUUCGUGAGGAGAUCCGCCAGGCCCACCCUGGCAUGCCCUACAAGGAGGUUCUCAGUGUGAUCGCCAACCGAUGGAAGGAUCUUGAUGAGCCCGCCCGUAAGGACGCGUACAACGAGGCCACCACCCAGUACCGUGUGGCUGAAGAAGCGUACAAGGGGGGUGCCCCUGCUACUCUUGGAGCAGUUGCUAGCGACGUUGUUAGCGACGAUUCAUCCUCUGAAGAUGACUCGUCCGAUGACGGGGCUGCCGGCACCGCUGCCAAGGUCUUCCCUUCCGUUGCCACCCCUGUUCUCCCCACCACUCCUCAGUCGACAAAGAAGGACAAGAAGCGCAAGUCGAAGGACGAGUCGACUCCCGCCGACAAGAGCGGCAAGAAGAAGAAGAACAAGGAGUAA